UAGCUUGUAAACAUUCCAACAUGGACACAGGGUCAAAUUCCAGAUUGCAUUUUUCUUGUGGCUCUGUGAACUCAGCACUACAACUCAACAGUCUGUGACCAACAGAGAACAGAGAACCAUUGAUGGUAAUGUUUCAUAAUGUCUCCAGCCUCUUACACAGCAGCACACUUGAUCCCACCUUACACUCUGUCCCGGCUGGCCCGAAACUGGCUGGAAGAGGACACACCAAACUUUGACCCAGCAGGAGUGUGCGUGGGGUCACAGGAGGUUGAAGCCAAGUUGCUGUGUAAAACGCCACACAGCGUCCUGGCAGGGAGCCCCUUCUUCACAGCAGUGUUCACUGAGGUCGGCUGCACAGUGGACUGGAUUUACCAGGAGGGAGCAGAGAUCGGUCCAGAUGCCAUUACACUGACUGCUGUGGUGAGAGGCCCAGCAAGGUGCCUUCUCCUUGGGGAAAGGCCAGCUCUCAACUGCCUGGCCCGGGCCUCAGGUAUCGCGACUCGCUGUUCUCGACUCCGGGUGAUGGCAACAGCUAGAGGCUGGCAUGGAGAGGUGGCUGGCACACGCAAAACAACCCCGGGCUUUCGUUUGGUGGAGAAGUAUGCCAUGCUGGUUGGUGGCGUGUCCAUGCACAGACAAGACCUGAGUGGAAUGGUGAUGCUGAAGGACAACCAUAUCUGGGCAUCAGGAAGUAUCACACAGGCUUUGAAAGCUGCCCGGUCAGUGUGUGGCUUCAGCAGUAAGAUCGAGGUGGAGUGCCGCUCUGCAGAAGAGGCCAGAGAGGCAGCUGAAGCGGGAGCAGAUAUUGUUAUGCUGGACAAUUUUCAACCUCAGGAGCUCCAUGUUGUGGCUCGAGCACUGAAGAAGGACUUCCCAUCUCCACUGAUAGAAGCCAGUGGAGGAGUGACUCCUGAGAACCUGGACAUGUAUUUCUCCCCCCAUGUGGACAUCAUUUCCAUGGGCUGCAUAACACAGGGCUGCCCAGUUGUGGACUUUUCUCUCAAGGUUCAAAAGCCUGCCCCAGGAAUGAGAAAUAAGAUGGAGAAGAGAGAAGAGAAACUAGACUGUAUUUAUUUUUCUUCAAUAGAGGAACUGCAGUCACAAGCUGAAACUAACAAAGACGUUUUGCACAAAUACAGAAUAAAAGAAAAUUAAUUAAAUGAAGCUAAUAUCAUAGGUUGGCAUGCAACGUAUUAUAUGGUCUAGUUUGGAUGCAGCAGGUCAAUGCUCCACUAGUGUGCAUUUAGUGGCCUCUUUCUUGGGUACACAUACACAGUCUAAUGCAAUCCAAUGUAAAAGCUCUGCCAUAGCAUCUAACUUUAUAAAGCUCAUAGUGGUCAUGUUUUUGUUACUACCACUGGAUAUAUUAAUUUUAUUAUAUUUUUAUUUAGAUAUGUUAAUUUGAUUGAAAAUAUUGUCCACUCUAAAGGGUAAAGGU